ACCCCCACCUUGAAUUUUAAAUAUGACAUGACAACAGUAUUACCUGUUAGCCCGACUGGUGCAUUUGAGGAGCACAUUAGUUCGGUGAAUUUUGCUCAGGAGUACCUGUCAUGACAAGACAAGGAUCUACAAAAUACAAGGUGGUCUCAUCUGGGAGACUCACCGGAUUAGGACGAGGCCAAGCAGCAAGGAAACGAGUAAUUGGGAGAACUUUGCGCUCUGCAGAGCCAGCCUACUCGCUUUAUUCCACUGACUCUGAAGAGCCGGUCGCCACCAUUCACAAGGGGCUUGAUCGAUGUGCUGCCCUUCUUGAUGGUAUCCUGCAGGCAGAGACAACAGGUACACACACACAAGCGAACACCAGCUCUGCCAGUGUAAGGAAGGCAGCUGUGGGCCCGGUCAGCAGACCUCUGAGCACUCUGGGCAAGCAGCGAGGGGAUACAGAGAGGAGGAAACUCACAAAGAAAGUUAAAAAGCCUGUUCCAGCUCCGGUGCAGAAAACAAUUUUAUCGUCUCAGGUGAAUCCUGGGGAGAAAAACAACGAUCCAAUCAGAUCGUGGAGACCAGGCACCAGGUUUAACCGUCGCCUCACCACCUCCACACCCACCUUAAGCCCAGAGAGGCUCCCCUCCGAUGGGACUGGGACCAGGGUGAACAGGCCUCCCUCAGCACCACCAGGCCAGCACAGAGACCCCAUCCACAAUGGUGCACCGGUCCUCCGAGGCAAUGCAGUGUUGUCGGCCUGCAGGGAUGGACCUGCCAUGUGUCUCACCUCUGCCUCGUCCACAGCCCCCUCUCUCUGUUGGGCGCAGCCUUGCUGCGUGUCUGAGGUCGGGCCUCCGGCGGCUCCCGGGGGCGUUAGGUUGGGAGGUGGUCCGUGUCUCGGUGCUCCCUGUCUGGGAAGGCCAACCCAGUCUCCUCCCACAUCCUCCUGUGGCUCUGAAGUCGGAAAAUCCUGUUAUUUGGAGAGUGUCUCAUGUCCUCAUUCCCAGUCCAAGCCUCAUGUUCAACCUGUACCGAGCUCUGGAGAUCACACCCCCCUGGCAGCCCUCUCCCAGGCCCAGCACCCCCCUCACCCUGGGUCCCGCUGGGCCCAUAGAGAGGGUGCUGCUGGUGCUCCUCCAGGCAGAACAGAGGAAGAGGAGGGUGAAGACAUUGUUCCCACGAGAGACACCAGCGCACAGACCAGCUUAGAAAACCCCACCCCUGCGGUCUACACUAUUGCAAACUUAUGUGUGACGUGUACAAAACCACACUCCCACCUGGGGUCAGAGCCUGCACAGUCAGCAGAGACACCCCAUGGACGCCCACACACCCCCCACCCUCUGCUGAGCUCUGAGACCUGCAGUCCAGAGAAGGCUGCUUGGAAGGUGAUGACUGUGCAGUAUCUACUUGGGGAACUGAAGGCUCUGCUUGCUGGCCAAGACGGCGUGGCGGAGCGCUUGCUGUCUGAUCUGGAGGAGACGGUCUCUCAUCUUCCUGUCAUGGUCGGCAGCUCCAACGUGCAGGCGGAGAUCGCUAUGGUUCUGCAGCCUCUACGCAGCGAGAACGCUCAGCUUCGCAGGCGUCUGAGGAUACUGAACCACCAGCUGCAGGAGAGAGAGAGGGCAGAGAGGGAGGCCAGGUUGCUGCUGUGUGACUCUGAGAUGAUGACCCUGCAAGGGGAACUGAGUGACGCUCAGGCUCGUAUCCAGGAGCUUCACGGUGACAACGCUCAGCUACGGCAAGCCCUGCAGGACACACAGAGCCAGCUCCAGAAAAGCAAAUCUAAGAACGAUUGCAUCAGCAAAGAGGAGCAUGCCCGUGGGCUGGGGGAGUGUCGGAGGGAGAACGCUGCUCUGGGUCUCGUUGCCCAGCAGAAGCAGGCAGAGGUUGAGCGACUACAGCAGCUCCUCAGAGAUGCGCAGGGUCCUGUGUUGGAGCCUCCAGCCAUGAACACCACGCCCCCGUCCCAGCCAGGCCUCACCAGGCGGGCGCUGGACCAGCACCAGGACCAGCAGGUGUCUGCAGGGCACGGCUCGGACGCUGUCAGCAUCUACCUCAAGUCCCUGGGUCAGAAGGGACCCGGUUCUCCACCCUGCAAAGGGCCCAGACAGUCAGCAGAUCAGGAUUUGAGUAUGUGUGUGUCUGUGGACCAGAGCAGCAGGAGAGAGGGAGAGGAUGGGGAGACAAAGCUUGCCCAGAGGGAGGAUGUGAGGUCGGCAUUUCCUGUAGCGAUGUCACAGAAAGGGGGAGGAGCUCCGGCAGAAACUUUUACAACGGGUCAUCGAAGUCUCGAUGGACUCCUGAAGGCAUUCAACCAAUCGAAAGAACUCCCCUCUCGCCUCAACCAAUCCAAUGUUCUCUUUCCUGGUGGCCUUGUGUUGUUCCCAGGGUGUCAGCAGGGCCUGGGGACGGGGGUGGCUUCAGAGCUUGAGUCCUCCCUCUUAUCCAGCGACGUCCGGUCGGAUUCCAGUGCGCUGUCAAGCUCCACCUUUGACACACGCGAUGAGCAGGAGUUCCGGGAUGGGCUGGCUGCCUUGGACGCGAGCAUCGCUAGCCUGCAGAAAACCAUCCAGCUGGAUUUGAAGAAAUGAUACACACACUCUCGUACAUUCAAACUCACACUCGUACACACGGGGCAUUUAGACUCACUUGCGCGCACACACUCUUACUUGAUCAAUUAUGCAUCUUUGAUAGCUUACUGGUCUUGCACACAUUCAUUACCUCGUGCAGCAAUCGCACUUGUGCCUUAUGUUUUUAAAAUCUGUGUUUAAAUAAAGUAAUGUUAUUUUUGCCAAGGGUUUGUUGAUGGCAUGAAGGUGA